AUGAUGCAGCUCACACAAGAUGAAGAAGCUGAGUUGGAGGAGGCACGAGUCAUGGAUGAUGGACGUCGCUCCCUACGUGAAUUUCUGCGUGGGUUGACUCUGCUGGAGCAGGGUGAUGAAGGGGCGGAGGCUAGGUGGGCUGUGCAAUACUGGCUGACGAGAUGGAGACAUGUUCUGGGGGUGCUCCAACGUGUCACCGACAUCGUCGAAAGGAGGCUCACGAACCGACCGGGAUGUUCUAUCCCACUACUCCGUUCCCCACAAACUGCAGCUCAGCGAAUACGUCUGCUUUCGUGGGCUGCCAGGUUGGCCAACCUCAUGCUGGAAAUGGGGAGAGAAAUCAUUUCUCACUAUACACGUGGAAUGGGGCGCCUUCCUGAACAUCUUCCUCUACCAGCACGUCCUCCUCCUCGUGUACGUCGACCCAUGGAGCUUCGUACAAUGGGCUACCGUGAGCGCAGCAGCAGCCGUGAUGACCGACUUCAUGAGCGACGUGUUGCCUCCUCGUGUGGGGAGGAUGAAGAGCCAGAGGAGGAGCCCCAAACACAGACCUUUGACAUCCUUGAGUGGCAGACUUUCCUCAACCACGGAAUCAGUGGGGCGGACCUCACCGAACUGGACAUGUUCCUGGAAGACAUCCUUCGUCGUACUGACCAACUGGGGGCGCCAAGUCAAGUUCGUGCCCAAGCCAUGUGGACCCUGGGGGUGAUGAACCUGGCUGUCAGAAGAGCCCCUCGUAUCCUCUCCAUUAUGGCUACUGUUCUGGAAACUCGUGAAGUUCCUGGGGCGAUGAUUCUUCCGGUGGAUGAUGCUCAACGUGCACGACUGUUGUCUUUGUGUGCCCGACCCAGGGCCAUUCUUGGGACGAUAGUGCGCCAACUCAUACAGCAAGGCCUCGAUGAUGCACUAACUGAUCCACAAGAACUACCUCCUCGUCUUCCAGUGCGUGAAAGACCUCCGCGAGAAGACCCAAGCACCAUGCCAGUGGGGCGACGACCUGGAAAUCACCUGGACCUUGAUGAAGUUUUCCGUGACACUGCUGAGGAGUAUGGACGGGGCGUGACCGUACACCCAGGACUGCUUAUGCCCGUGAGGGACGUGCUCAGCGCCUGCUUGGUACUGUUCCUAGCUCUUCGGGACGGCUUCCUCCUGGGGCGAUGGUUGAACCUCCUGCACCUGACAGUGAUCAUGAAGCUGAAGGUCGUUCUGGUGUACCAAGCCAUGAUCCCCGAGAGGGGAGAGCUAGAGCGAGAGUCAGAGCUGUCACUCAGCCUUUGGUCAUGGGACACCCUCCGCCUCCUGAAAGUGAGGAAGAUGAACAAGAAGAAAGCAGUGCUGAGGUGGAAGGAAGUCUUGACAGUGGGGGAGAUGCUCCACCUCCUAAUGCCCCUCCUGAUGCCGCUGCAGGUCCACCUCUACCUACAACGACUUCUGUGA